GGAUGAGUUUACUAUAAUUCGACCGCGCAUGUUCUUCAAUGACUAGAAGGUCUUCAAGCUGAAACAUGGAGCAGAUGGGUUAUUAUGCAAACAUUGAUGCCGUUCACCCCAAUGAACAGAAUAGAGACGGUUGCCGGCCGGGAAAGCUGAAUACAGACCGUGGCAUGAAAGCGGAGGACCGUAGCGGACACAAACUCUCCGCCCCGUGCGUCUACUCUCUGCUGGGACUCAGCAUCGUUUUAUCGGCUGCGGCUCUCUGCGUUGCAGUUACUUUGUUUACAGGAAAUAUUCGGCGCUUAAGCAGCUCAGUGGCCGGGUUUCAGGUUGAAGUUUCACAUCUAAAGAAACUGCUGAGUUGCCCUCACGGAUGGGUCAACUUCAAGCAAAGCUGUUAUCUGUUUCCUUCAAGCUCACAAACCUGGGAGGAGGCCCAGAAAUCUUGCAUGUCAGCGGACGCCCACCUUGUUGUCAUUAAUAAUGCUGAAGAACAGGACUUCUUAAAGAAAAAAGAUCGUGUCCGUCGCUGGAUUGGUCUCACUGACAAAGCCUCUGAAGGUGACUGGCGCUGGGUGGAUGGAACCGAUUAUAAAUCCUUUGCAAAAUUUUGGAAUAAUGGAGAACCCAAUAAUAAAAAUGACGAAGACUGUGUGCAGAUGUAUAUUGGUGGGAAUUGGAAUGAUUCACCCUGUAACAGAACUUUGAGGUGGAUUUGCGAGAAACCAGCGCAGUGAUAUCCUCCGUCGUGUCACAGUUGGUGCACAAUGGCCAAUGAACCAGUUUAUCAACGUUGAGCGUGUAGCAGCAAUAUGAUCGCGGAGUACGAGUAUUUUGGGCUAGGCGGGCUAUGUUGGCAUUUUGCAAAAUUACCAUCAAGUUAUUCGCACCCUUUCCCUUUCCAAUGUUGAACCAUUCACUGAUGGAACAGCUUCACUGCCUGGGCCUAAUCAUUCCACCUGAAGGCCCCCCCCCCCCCCCCCCCCCCCCCCACCACCCCACUCACACAUCGGGUCCUCCUUCGCUCUGUGAAUGCUGUGCUUCAUGCCAGCCACACUUGUUUCUUCAGUAUACAGUAUCUUCACAGCUCGAAGGUCUUCCACCUGCAUCUCUUCUUAUUCACAGCGAACUCCAUAGUAGACGGUAAACAUUCAGCAGAGGAACUAAUGCGCUGGCCCUGCUUGUUUGUUGUUAAGUUGCUACGCAGAUUUAAUCAUCCUGUCA